AUGUCAUUAUUACCCUGUUCUUUACAUGUUCUCAUAUAUUCUUUAACAUCUCGUGCCGUCCUCCUGCAGGGCUUCCAGGUUCUGGUGGAGACCGACUGGCUGGACUUCGGCCAUAAGUUUGCGGACCGCUGCGGCCACGGAGAGAACUCGGAGGACGUGAACGAGCGCUGCCCCGUGUUCCUGCAGUGGCUCGACUGCGUGCACCAGCUGCAGAGGCAGUUCCCCUGCUCCUUCGAGUUCAACGAGGCCUUCCUGGUGAAGCUGGUGCAGCACACCUACUCCGCUCUGUUCGGCACCUUCCUGUGUAACAGUGGGAAGGAGCGUGAGGACCGGCACGUUCAGGAGCGGACCUGCAGCGUGUGGUCGCUGCUGAGGCCGGCCAAUCGGACGCUGAGGAACAUGCUGUACUCCUCACACUCUGAGAUCGUUCUGCACCCGGUGUGUCACGUGCGUAACCUGAUGCUCUGGACGGCCGUCUACCUGCCCAGCUCCUCCCCCACCACGCCCUCCGAUGAGUCCUGCGCCCCCUACCCUGUCCCGGGGGGAAACCCCGAGGACGCUCCGCUGGGAAGGUGAGUCGGAAAACGCGUCUGUUUUCAAUUCUAGUUUC